GAUCCCUUAAAACCACGAAAAAAGGUGUUCACGAGAACGGUAGAACUGGAUGAGUGUGCCGCCGCAGAUGACGAACAGCGCUACAUGUUCAUCGUGAGUCGAAAGGGAGGUAUUCUGUUGGUGCACGAAAACCACAUAUAUCGAUCCAAUAUGCGUCGUCAGGGUCCCCACAAGAACAUACUGUACUGGGAGUGUGUACACAAUCGUUCGCAGAAGUGCCGUGGUCGACUCAAGAGCGAAGGGAAUUAUCUGUUUAUUUCGAACACCAAUGCCACGCACAAUCAUCCUUCAGAUUUGAAUCGAAUCAACCGAGCUAAGGUCGGAGGAGAGCUGACAUACCGCACAUUCUUUUCACUUUUUAAAUAACUUGUUUCGUUGUUGAUAUGAAAUUGUUUUCAUGUAUUUUGCAAUAUAUAAUGUCGAAUAAUCUAGUACUGAGUU